GCGCGACUGUUAUGCUCACUUUUAGUCUCCAUUCCGAUCGGCAUUAUUGAAAUAUUUCUGGUUCCCGCAGACCUUUCAUUCGCAUCGACCACGCUCACUUUCAUUUCGGUUUUGACAUUGGUCGGGAAAGGUUCCAAUUAAGCGUGAAUUCACCCAAAAUAGACAUUUUACCGUGUGCAAUUUUACUAGAUAACGAUAUGGUGCUAGUUCCGCAGGGGGAAAUUCCCUUAUAUGAUCCCAAGCUACUCUUCCAAUUGGACUUUCAUAGAUCACCUGCAAAAUUGAAUCCGUUCAUAUCAGCCGCAGCACCAGGUGAAACUUGGCUCAAAGUCCGACCAUUACAAGAUGGAGAUUACGACAGGGGCUUUCUGCAGCUAUUAUCGCAGCUUUCAACAGUGGGGGAAGUGAGUCGUUCCCAGUUUCUGAACCGAUUUGCUCAAAUGAGAGCUAGUGGCGAUUAUUAUGUUACGGUCAUUGAAGAUACUAGAAUAAGGAAAAUUAUUGGCGCAGCAACGCUUGUUCUCGAGCAUAAAUUCAUACACGGUUGUGGAUCGCAAGGUAAAUUAGAAGACGUGGUUGUGAACGAUACCUAUCGUGGGAAGCAGCUGGGAAAAUUGAUUGUCGUGACCGUUACAUUAUUAGCUGAGCAUUUAGGAUGCUAUAAAAUGAGUCUUGAGUGCAAGGACAAGCUUAUCAAGUUUUAUGAGUCGAUUGGAUAUGUCUGUGAAGCCGGAAACUCAAAUUCAAUGAGAAUUCGAUUCAACUCACAACAAAAAGUCGCUGCUAAUAAUGUUGCCGCAGAAGAACCAUUCUGACAAUUAGCCGCUGGUGCUGCCGUUAAAAGCAAACUGUGAAAUAGAAGAAGCUUCCAAACGUAUUCAUCACUAACAUCAAACAACGGAAUUGUUAUAUUCUGAGAAUAUUAUGGAUGAAUGCAGAAAUCACGUCUCUCGUUGGGCGUCAACUGGAACUCGUUAGCUCUUUUUGUUUCCUAUUUGUUGAUGAUUGCGAAUGUUUUCACCAUCAUCAGGCAGUACUAGCAAGUAAUAUUAUAUUUUAUUAAAUUGUUUGGAAAACAAUUUCUAAUUAUUUAAGCCAUUUAUAUGCUAAAAUCAAAACUGACUUAAAAACUUCUAAAGAAUUUAACAUAAAUUUUAGCUUUUCGCUAUGAUCAAGGUUGUUUUACAUCUUUCAAAUUUGUUUCAACUCCAAUUGAUAAAUGGAUUUCUUCAAAUAAAAUAUUCAAAAUAUUAUUUUAUAAAUUUUA